GGCUGCGUGUGUUGCCUCUCCACGGUUCUCAUGUGCUUUAUAAGUCCCGCCUCCUCUCAGCUCGGACACCUUCAGACAAACACAGCAGACAGAGACGCAGAGAUGGCGGAAGAAGCUCCAGCAGCGGCCCCGGUCAAAGUCCCGGCUAAAGCCCCGAAGAAGAAGGCGGCUCCCCGUCCCAAGAAGGAGGGCCCGACCCUCCCGAAGCUCAUCAUCAGCGCCGUGGCUGAGUCCAAGGAGCGCAAGGGGAUCUCGCUGGCGGCCAUUAAGAAGGUUCUGGCGGCAAAAGGCGUCGAUGUGACCAAAGCCAACAAACGCAUCAACACCGCCGUGACUAAGCUGGUGACCGGAGGAACCCUGGGACAAACUAAAGGGACCGGGGCCUCCGGCUCCUUCAAGCUCGCCAAGAAGGAGCCCAAAGCCGCCAAACCUGUCAAGAAAGCGGCGCCGAAGAAGAAAGCUCCCGUUAAAGCCAAGAAGCCCGCAGCCGCCGCCAAGAAAGUUACAGCGGCCAAGAAACCGGCAGUUAAGAAGCCAGCGGCCAAGAAACCGGCAGCGGCAGCAGCGGCCAAGAAGUCCCCGAAGAAGAAGGCACCGGCGAAGAAAGCCGUGAAAAAGCCGCUAGCGAAGAAGAGUCCCAAGAAGACCCCCGUUAAAAAGCUCAAGGCGGCCAAGAAGCCCGCUGCCAAGAAAGCUCCGGUAAAGAAAACUGCAGCCAAGAAGACCAAGAAGUGAAGCGGCUCUUUAAUCCAGCACUCAGUGCACCAAAGGUUCUUUUAAGAACCACCACAGCUUCACUAAAGAGGCUUCCUCAUUUAUUAGUACAACUUCAACACCUUGUUACACAACAAACCCACUCUGAGCUGUAAUUAGACAACACAACUAUACUUAUACCAUAUUAUACAUCCAUGUGUUAUUAGUAUCAGAUGGUAUAAUACUCUACAUCAACUUUUAUAUUGGGAGUAAAAUGCCUAAUAAAUCUACUCUAGUGAACUAAACAGAACUGUCAUCACCAUCAAAGCUUUAUUUAUUUAAAUUUAUUUAUCAAACUCUGCAGUCAGAUUGAAAUUUUUCACCCAAACUUUAAUGAGUAAUUAUACACGGAGUAUGUGUUCCACACAUUUUUUAUUUUUUUUCCAACAUACAGGUAAUUUCUCAAACAGGUAUUUGAUGUGUGGCAGCAAGUGACCUUUCUCUUUUAUCAAACAUUUUUGUUCCAAGAUAAGACACCAAGGAGAGUUUGUUAACAUCCAUCCUCUAUGUGCACAAUUACAAUAGCUGAUUGUUGGUUGUAUUGAGUACUUCAGUAUUAAAAUUAUAGUUUUAAUACCAUCAUUUAUUUUAAUUUGUACUAAAGUGGUUUGAUCCGUUUCACCCUGUAUGUUCAGUGGAAUUUAAAUCAGACCAGGGUUCAAUUCCCCACUGUGACACAUCAACCAAUGAGUCCCUGAGUAAAACACUUAACCCGUAAUUGUUCUAGAGGAGUGCGUCCUCUGACAUAUGUAGCAAUUGUAAGUCGCUUUGGAUAAAAAGCGCCAGCUAAAUGUACUAUGUUCCCUAUAUAUUGAUUAUACAUUUGUUUAAAUUGCGGUGUUGUUCUUAUGACUUCACACGUUAACUAAUUAAUAAACCUUCAUUUCUGGAUAAAAGUA